AUUCAAGAUGGCGGCUCAAUCACUUGCGAUGUGUUACCAGACUUUUUCCAUAGAUGACGUUUUUAAAAAGCCCAGAUCUUCAAAUUUGCAUCAUUUUCAGAAUGAUACAACUCCCGACUUUUUAAAUAAGUUUGCUGUUCCCACAGGAUAUGAUCCAGUAGAAUUUCUAAAACCGUUCACUAAUGGUGAUAGUGAUAUAAAAAUCCACUUUGAUCAUGGAACAACAACAAUGGCCUAUAAGUUCAAGCAUGGUGUUAUAGUGGCUGUUGACUCGAGAGCAACAGCUGGGUCAUACAUAGCAUCACAAACUGUCAAAAAGGUGAUCGAAAUCAAUCCUUAUCUACUGGGUACAAUGGCUGGAGGAGCUGCAGACUGCUCUUUCUGGGAACGACUUCUUGCUAAGCAGUGCAGAAUCUAUGAACUACGUAAUAAAGAACGUAUCUCUGUUGCUGCAGCAUCUAAGAUUCUCGCAAACAUGGUGUACAGUUAUAAAGGCAUGGGUCUUUCAAUGGGAACAAUGAUUUGUGGAUGGGACAAGAAGGGUCCUGGUCUAUACUAUGUAGACAGUGAUGGUACAAGACUAAGUAAUAAUAUGUUCUGUGUGGGAUCUGGUGCUACAUAUGCGUAUGGUGUAUUAGAUAGUGGAUAUAAGUACGACAUGUCACCUGAAGAUGCUUAUGACUUGGGAAUGAGGUCUAUCUACCAUGCUACUCACAGAGAUGCUUACAGUGGAGGGGUUGUUAAUUUAUAUCACAUGAAGGAGACAGGAUGGAUUAAAGUGUCACAGACAGAUGUAGCCAAACUGCACUAUCAAUACCAAGAUGAAAAAGCCAAAUAAGUUCACUGCAUCCUUCUGUUCAGUAAAUCUAUCACAUUUGUGUUUGUGAUGCUUGUACUUGUGAAAUAAAGAAACUAAAAAUUUUCACACAA